AAUAGACCAUAUAUCCAUAACCCUUAAUCACCAAGCUCAUAUCUAAAGCCUUUAUAAGUACUAAUUGUUUUUUUCUAAAGCUACAUAGCAAUGGGUGUUUUCACAUUCGAAAACGAAGUAACCUCAGUGGUUCCUCCAACUAAAUUCUUUAAGGCAUUUAUCCUUAACGCUGACAAUCUUUACCCUAAGAUUAUCCCAAAUCAACCUCAAACUGAAAUUGUUGAAGGUGACGGUGGCGCUGGAACUAUCAAGAAGAUCACCUUCAAUUAUGGAGGGGAAUUGAAAACUAUAAAACACAGGCUGGACGUAGUGGACGAAGCAUCGUUAACAUACAAAUACACGGUGUUAGAAGGAGACCUUAUUUCAGAAACCAUUGACCAAAUUGUUAAGGAAAUUAAGGUAACGGAAGGUCCUGACGGAGGUUCCAUUUUGAAGAGCACUAGCAUUUACCACACCAAAGGAGACAACCAACUCGACGAGGGAAAACUCAAAAGCGGCGAGGAAAAGGGAUUGGCUCUUCUCAAAGCUGCCGAGGCCUACCUCUUGGCCAACCCUGCUGAAUACAACUAAUUAUAAAACCAAAUUUAUACAUAAAAUAUAUGCAUUUUGAGUUAUUUUUAUGUGUGUGUUAGCCUUUCUUCUAAUAAGGGGCAUUGGAUUGUGUCUUGUGUCGAGUUGUAUGCUUCUGAGUUGUGGGUGAAUUGUAAUUUUCAAAGGGUAAAAAAGAAUGUUAUGUUCAAGUUGUAUUAUUGCUUUCAAUAAAAUGAGUUGGCCUUAUUAUA